CUGUGUGGUUGAAGUAAAUCGCACCUCUGCUCUGCUCUAGCUCUGCUACUGUACUUCCAACAACCAAAGCAUUAUAAGUUAGUUUUUAUAUUAUCAAAGCUAGCUUGGACUGAACUACAGCUAGCUAGCUAGCUAGAUAUGAAUGAAGUGCUGAACUACGAAGCGAAUACGUCCAUCUUCAGACGAACAGGAGGGUCCUCUUCCAAAGCGCCACACUAUGGCUGAUCUCAAAGCAACGAUAGAGGAACAAAUCAAAAACUCGCACGUGUUGAUUUACUCCAAGUCAACGUGUCCAUUCUGCAUACGGGUGAAGAAACUCUUCUCUGUCCAGUACGUGAGCUUCACUGCAGUGGAACUAGACACACUAGACAAUGCGUCUCAGUACCAGGACAAUCUCGAGCAGAUCUCCGGCCAGAGAACAGUUCCCAACGUGUUCAUCAAUGGGAAACACAUUGGAGGCUGUGAUGCUGUCGUUCGUCUCUACUCAACCGGUGAGCUGGCCAAGCUGCUGGUGAAGGGAACACAGGAGAAGGACCCGUUCAACAAGGACCACACCUACGAUUAUGACCUCAUUGUUAUCGGGGGAGGAUCGGGAGGCCUGGCUUGCUCUAAGGAGGCUGCAUCGCAAGGUGCCCGGGUGGCUUGCCUGGACUAUGUGAAACCCACCCCUCUGGACACUCAGUGGGGAUUGGGGGGCACCUGUGUCAACGUGGGCUGUGUCCCCAAGAAGCUCAUGCAUCAAGCAGCUCUUCUAGGGCAUGCUAUCGAGGAUGCCAAACAGUACGGUUGGGAGGUGAGCGGUGACGUCGGUCACAAGUGGUCCACUCUGGUGGAAGCUGUCCAGGCUCACAUUGGCUCUCUCAAUUGGGGUUAUCGAGUGGCUCUCAGAGACAAGAAUGUCAAGUACAUCAAUGGACUGGGCUCCUUCCAAGACGCUCACACUAUCAAGCAUAUCAACAAACGAGGAAAGGAGGCUGUCAUCACUGCAGCAAGGAUUGUGGUCGCAGUAGGUGGGCGACCACGUUACCCUGACAUCCCAGGUGCUCGCGAGUACUGCAUCACCAGUGAUGACCUGUUCUCCAUGCCUACGUCCCCGGGGAAAACCCUCGUCAUUGGGGCAUCCUACGUUGCCCUGGAGUGUGCCGGGUUCCUGGCUGGUAUCGGAUUCGAUGUCACCUGUAUGGUCCGCUCUAUCCUCCUGCGAGGGUUCGAUCAGCAAAUGGCUGAGAUGGCGGGAGAGUGGAUGGCUGAGCACAAGGUCAAAUUCCAGAGGAAGUGUGUCCCUACAAAGGUGGAGCUGAUUGAGAAGGGAGGUGAUGGCAAACCCCAGCGACUGAGAGUGGAGUACAAGAACAAUGAGACUGGGCAGGUGUCCAGUGAGGAGUUCAACACUGUGAUGCUUGCAGUGGGUAGGGACCCUGACACCAAACUGCUGGGCCUGGACAAAGCUGGAGUGGAACUUAGCAAGAGUGGCCACAUCUCAGCUGUGUAUGAGCAGACCAAAGUGCCUCACAUCUAUGCCAUUGGAGACGUCCUGCAAAGCAAACAAGAGCUCACCCCAGUGGCCAUUCAGGCGGGCAAGCUGCUGGCCAAGCGCCUGUUUGGUGGUGGCUCCUCUUACACAGACCAUGUGAAUGUAGCCACUACUGUCUUCACACCUCUCGAGUUUGGGACGAUUGGGCUGGCCGAAGAAGAUGCAGAGACCAUCUUUGGGAAACAGAACAUCGAGGUCUAUCACUCUUAUUUUACUCCACUGGAGUUCACUGUGGCCAAGAGAGGGGACAACAGUUGCUAUGGCAAGCUCAUCUGCAACAAAGCUGACAAUGAACGUGUGGUGGGGUUCCAUGUGCUCAGUCCUAAUUCCGGGGAGAUCACACAGGGCUACGACAUUGCCAUCCGAAUGGGGGCAACAAAGGACGACUUUGACGCUACCAUCGGAAUCCAUCCGACCUGCUCGGAGAAUUUCACCACCCUCUACGUGACCAAGAGCUCUGGGGCUGACGUCAAGACAGCCGGUUGCUGAGGUUAAGCACCCUCUGGCUCUAAGCACACACUAGGCUAGCUCAUUUUGAGUGUGGCUUGUGUGUGCUGCUAGAGGGUGCUUCUGUUCUGGAGUAUAUAGAGCACUUGACUACAUACUUUGUGUGUGCCUUUGAAGGGACAUCUCUUAAUCACCAUGGUGACGAGGUGGCUCUGAUGUAUAGUGCUUGGUAGCUCAUAAACUGACUAAUUAAUUAGAUGACAUUUUGUGUGUGAUGGUAGCUUCUAUCUUUUAGUUUAUACUGUUGAAUGGUUUAUUGUUCUUUUUUGCAAUUGAUUGAGCUUUUUCAUGAAAUAAUUUUAUCAAUAA